CCCAGGAAGAAGGCAAACAAGGGCAAACAACGGUUUCUGAAAGUCUUGUCAAGAAAACCACAGGGACUUGUCCAGGCGGUUACCAGGAGCAAAGACUGACUCGCAGGCAAAAGUAGUCCAAAGUCUUGGGUUGCUGUAGGUUAUUUGCUCUGGUCUGUGGUGCCUGGCAGAGGGUCUUGGGCCACCCUCUGUCCCUGCCUUACGUGGAGACAGCCAGUGAUUGCAGAAGGAGACCAUUGGAUGACGCUGUGCUACGUGAGUGAUCACUGGGCCCAGUUUGCCAGCCGUGCCAAGGAGUGUGGCUCCAUGAUGCAGCCUUACUCCUUCAAGAAGCUGCAAGUGGAGUUUGACGAGUUCUUCCUGAGGGCCGUCCUCCAUGUCCUGAAAGCAAAAAGACUAGGGGUCUGGCUGUUCAUGUCUGAGAUGCCUUAUGGGACACUGUCCAGUGAUAUGCUUUGGAAGCUGUUCUCCAUCAUGCACUGUGCCGAAAGCGAAGACCUGGAGAAGUUCAGUUCCACCAUGCAGCUGGCGGAGUGCAAGCGCAAACUCAGAGAUCCGACCCACCUGGAGACGUUUGAGCGGUAUCUGCAAUCGAUGAACAGCUCCGAGGAGAUCUGCCUGCUGACCACCUUUGCCCAGAUGGCCCAGACCAAACGGGAUGACCUUGAUGAGGACUUUGUGAAAGUCGUGGUGCUGGAGAUCUACGAGGUUUCUUAUGUCAGUCUUUCCACAAGAGAAACUUUUUCGAAAGUUGGCCGAGAGCUUCUGGCCGCCAUAACUGCUGUCCAUACAAAUAUGAUUUCUGUCCUGCUGGACCGAGUCAGAGAGACUAUUGAAAGAGUUGGCAUGGUUACUCUUUAUUUGUUUAAGGAGCUGCCAAUGCUUCUCUGGAAACCAUCUGCUUCCGAGAUCGCCUUGAUCCGUGACUGGCUUCUGAAUUACAAUCUGAGGGAAGUCGAGAAUAAACUUGCUUGUGUUAUCCUGGAAGAGAUGAAUUGGGGCCCUAGUGAGCAGCACGGUCACCUUCAUAUCUCUCCGGCAGUCCAUGCGGAAGUUGCCCUGAUGAUCUUAGAAGCUUAUCAGAAGUACCUCUCUCAGAAGCCAUACAGUGGACUCCUCUCUGAAAGCUUCAAACAGGUCUCUUAUUUGGCCAGCAUUGUCCGUUAUGGCGAGACCGCAGAAAGCUCCUUUAAUCAGUGGGCCUGGGGGAUGAUUUUGCGAUUAAAGCUGCAUGUGAAUGACUAUGGAGUUCAGGGAGACUGGCCUCCAGGACCUGACUUGACAGAAUCACCCACCUUUCAUCCACUGCUGAAGGCAGUCAGAUCUGGCCUCCCAAUUGGCUGCUACCUUGCCUUGGCUAUGUCAGCUGUUGGCCACAGUAUUGAGAAGUUCUGUGCUGAAGGGAUCCCUUACUUGGGCAUUCUAGUACAGUCACGGCAUUUGAGAACAGUAGUUCAUGUGCUGGAUAAAGUUUUACUUUUGUUCUACCCAUGCCAGUAUUACCUUCUCAAGAAUGAAAAGUUUCUCUCCUUCUUCCACCAGUUUCUUCAGCUGGAUAGUGGUGUUCCCCAAGGGAUGACUCAACAGAUGACCCACAAAGUGGCUCAGCACUUGACUGGGACAAGUUAUGGCGAAAACGUUAAGCUGUUGAACUCCAUGAUUCAGAGUCACAUUUUUAUGAGCAGCCACCCCGGUGGAGUUGGUCCAGCUGCUGUGUUAGAAUUCUGGGUCCAGGUCCUCACCAGCCAGCUGCUCUGGUACAAGGAGAGAGCCACCCUCUGCUUGAUGGAUGGUUUGUGCCAAGCAGCAUUUCAGUUCAACCAAGAGGACUGUGUGCAGAAGUUGCUCUAUCAGCAACACAAGAAUGCUCUGGGCUAUCACUGUGACAAAGGGCUCCUCUCUUCCUUGGUCAGCUGGAUUGUGGCAGGCAACAUCACACCUUCCUUCAUCGAGGGAAAUGCUAAUCCCACGCAGGUUUGGUUUGCAUGGAGCGUUCUGAAUAUGGAGUCCAUAUUUGAAGAAGAUUCCCAGCUUCGUAGAGUUGUAGUGAGGGAGUUAGUUACCAGUUCUGUUUCACCUGAGCAGGCUCUGAAGAAAGCUCAGGCCCAACUCAAGCUGCCAAUUGUUCCUUCUCUUCAGCGCCUGCUGAUUUACCGUUGGGCUCAUCAGGCCCUAAGCACUCCAGUGGAUCACCCCCUCCUUCCACUUAUUUGGCAGAAAUUCUUCCUUCUCUAUUUGCAUCGCCCGGGAUUGCAGGAUGGGCUACCCAAAGAUGGCUGUAUUGGGAAAAGAUUUUUCCAGAGUCCUGCUCAUCUUAGCCUAUUGAAUGACCUGAAACAGCGCCUGAUUGAGACAACUGACUUCCACCAUUCAGCUAGCAAAGUGCUCCAAUUGGACAGCCCAGCAGGUGGAAGUGAAACUCCAGCAGAAAAAGGGUUCAGCAAGAUCAAUUACAUAACUUCCCUAGAACUUCACAAGGAGCUUGUCAGGCUUUUUUCCACAUUUGUUCUAUGGCUGGAAGAAGAAAGGUUUCAGAAAGGGGACCCCUAUAUUCCCUCUUUGCCAAAGCAAUAUGAUGGACAUCGGCUUGCCAAGAUCAUGCAGAACCAGCAGGAUCUGUGGAUAGAAUUUGUCAACGUUCAGCAGAUUCAGCAUGAAUUCCAGGAAACAUUAGACCUCUGGUUUCAAGUCAGAGUGGGAUCCCAUCCUGCCUCAAGUGUUUCGCCAGUGCAGACAGACUUCACCGACCCUUUGCUAGCCAGGGAGAGAAUUAUCAGCAGCUUAAAGAAGUAUGAUGAGCCCCAGCCCACUCUGCCCCUUCAGCCAAUGAAAGCUCCUGUGCCUGUCAUUUCUCCUGCUAGCUUGGUAAACCAACACGAAGCCAAAGAAUUGACUUGCACUAACCUCAGUGUCUUGCAACAGCAUGCUAAAUUGGCAGGACUUCGGGAAUCCCAGCAAGUUGCUUUCAAUAGUGAGAUUCUGGACACGUUGCCAAAACUUUACACCAACCGAGAAGAACAAGUUACUCUUCACCUAGAAUGUCGGGGUGGAUCUGGUAAAAGUUGCCACGGAGCGGCUCAUGUAACAAUCCAGUUUGAGGGCAAACACAAAAACGAAGCCAUCAACCAGCAAUUACACGUUUUGGAGAAAGAGCUGAAACAUCUGCAGGCAGAAGCUGCUAAGCUGCCUCCUCUGAGAGUUGUUGGAGCUGCUGUUUACAUGGAGAACUUUAUAACAGGUUUAAUAAAUAUCUAUAAGAUUCAGCCUACAUCAAAGAUUCAGCGAAUUGGGAUCAGCCUGUUCUUUGCCGUAGUGGAAUAUGUGUGUGAUGAAACACAGCGUCACCCGCCAACCCGACAGUUCUUCACAUCCUGUAUUGAGAUCCUUGGCCAGGUGUUCAUUGCAGGGACCAAGUCUGAAUGUAAACGGGUUUUGCAAACCAUUCUGAAAAACCGAAGACUUUGCACGCUCCUCUCCCCGUACUUCACUCCUGUUGCCUCCCCAGAGGAAUUUGUCUACUUGUACGAGAGGGUCGUGGCUUUCCUUGGUGAUGACAACGGUGAUGUCAUUUUCAUGCUGCUGACAAAGUUUGAUCUUCUGGAAUGGUUGCAGAAUUCAAAACCUCCACUGUCAGAGCGUGGCCAGCUCUUGGAGUCCAUCCACGUGGCUCUCAAGACCUGUGGCUUUGAGCCUGAGAAGGACAUCUUAAUGCCCUUUUCCAUCUUCUGCAAACACUGGAUUUGCCUCCUCCAGUACCAGUUUCCUGACCACUACAGUAGUUUUUUGAGGCUGCUUCUUCAAAGUUCUUCAGAUCAGCUCUUGAGCCCUGAAUGUUGGAAGGCAGCUCUUAACGCUUUGGGCUGUACCACCUCUACAGCAGCAAAGAAACAUGGUAGGAAAGAGGUGACCAACCAAAACAUCCCACUACAGCCUUCAGCAGAACCAGUUCUAUCAGCAGAACAGGUUAUGGAGACCCUAGAGUGGCUUUCCGACUAUUUUCUCAAGCUGCGAUUGUCUUCGCAAGACUUCCGAAGUUUUGGAUUAUUUUCCAAGUGGGCGCCUUACGUGGCUGAUGUUAGACAUCUCAUGCAGUAUCUCGUCUGCCGCCUGAUUGACUCAGAAAUGGACAGCUUAUUGCGAGAGCCCAUAGGUAGCAGCAGGGUAUUGGCAGCUUUGCGUUCUCUGCAUUUAAUUAUCACCCAACUCUUCAAGCCAUGGCUUGAGGUUUUAGAGAGCGAAGAUGCAAGCAAACAGCCCUGCUAUCCAUGGCUGGAGAGUGAUUCUUCCAUCGCAUCGACUGUGGUGGAGUUGUAUGCAUCCAGCAUAGCCAUUUUACACAAAGGUUUUAAAGAUAAGCUGCUGCCAAGUGACCAAGGAGCCCUUUGGCUCCUUCUGAUGCACUACUGUGAGGCAUGCACAGCACCCAAAAUGCCAGAACACAUUCUUCAUAUAUUCCAUAUGGAAUUUGGUCACCUGCCCUGGAAGGAAAUGUAUCCGGAACAGCACCUUAUGGAAGAAUUCUUUAAGGUAGAAAGAGGCAGCCCCAAGAGUUGUUUCUUAUUCAUGGGCUCAGUGCUGUGUGAGGUCAACUGGGUCAGUGUCCUCUCAAACGCCUGGGAUCCCAGCCCACCUCCGGAAACACACAGCAUGAUCGUGUGCCUGCUUUAUAUGGUGGUCCUGCUGGCCAAAGAGGAGCAGCUUAUAACUACAGAGCAAUCUCCGUUGCUCAACCUCCUCGGCCAGACCAGCUCCCUUCCCUGGCAGCACAUCAACAUUCUGUCCUAUCAGAGCAUCCUCAGUUACUUCAAUAGCCACUACCCUCCCUCUAUCCUUCUGGCCAAGGAACCGGCAGCUGAACUGGUGGUGAAACUCUUGAAGGAGUCUGCUGGCUUCAGCACCUCUUUUGACAGUGGUGGGCACCUUGAUGCCAGCCUCAAGUGCCGAGCCUUCAUCCGCCAGGUUGUCCACUUCCUUGGCCUUCUGGAGCAAAAUGGGACAGUUGCCCCAGCGGUCUUGGAGCAGGAGUUCUCAAAACUGCUGGAUGAUAUUGUCAUCUUUAAUCCUCCAGACACUGAUGUGCAGGUUCGCAGCCUGUCCAUAACCAGCCUCUUUGCUGAAGCCCUGAUGGUUAUGAACAACGCCAGUGUCACCUCGGCAGAAUCCCUCCUGGUUUGUCUGUGCCGCUGGAUUGACAGCACAAUGCAUGGAUUGGGGGCGAUGCCCCUCUUAACAGCCUCUUGCCAGAGUUUGGCAUCCGUCCGACACAUGGCCAUGGCCAUGGAGGCUUGUGUCACCGCCUACUUUAACGAAGACCCUCCUCUCAACCAAGAUUUGGGCUGGGGACCAAUUGUAGCCUCCUUGCAGGUUCCGGAACUCACAGCUGAAGACUUCCUUCAAGAGUCUCUUUCGCUGGGAGGCUACCUAACCCUUUACGUUUACACACUGCAGCAGUUGAAUGCUGAGCGGACCCUGGCCAAUGAAAUGCGAGUGCUCUUAACUUUGAGCAAGUGGUUGGAACAGGUCUAUCCCAGCUCUGCAAAGGAAGAAGCCAAGUUGUUCCUUUGGUGGCACAAAGUUCUGCAGCUCUGCCUCCUCCAAACAGAACAGGAAGAUGCCAUCUUGAUAGAAUCAGUCAUCCGGAUCUUGACAUCUCUGCAAGGCCGGCAGAGUCUGCUGGCUGAAGAGAGGCUUACAUCUGGAAUACUCGGUGCUAUUGGGUUGGGCAGGAGGUCUCCUUUAUCAAACAGGUUCCGUGUCAUCGCCCGGAGCAUGUCUGCCUUCCUGCUGGUGCAGGUGCCGGUGGAGAAUCAAAUUCGGCUGAGAUCUGGGCUGGAACUGCAGCUCUCUGCCAAAGCUCAACAGGCACUAAACGCUCUGGACUCUCUGGCUUCAAACAAACAAUACGCGGAAUACCAGGGGCAGAUCUUCCAAGCGUCCCAGUUCAUCAAGGAUUCUCGCCAUUGCCUUUACGAUGGGACUAACCUUUUGGCUAUCCUCCUCAACACUUUGUACGCAGAAGUGCAUUAUUUGGAUGCUAUACGAUAAUAGAAAGCAAGCGAGGGGGCCCCUGCCUCUUGCUGUAAUCAUGGAUUAUAUUCAGUUUACAGUCAGCGAUAAUGUUGCACAAGUGACUGGCAUUCCCGAGGCUCCGCUGGUCAAAUGAGAUGAAAAGAGAGAGAAAGGAAGGAUGGAGGCGAAAGAGUUUGAAAAUGAGCUUGGACUUCCGUUGCUUUACUUUGAAAGCUGUUGGGAAGCACUGAGCUUGCUGCCAAGGCAAAACCCAGGUCAUUCACUGGAGUUUGUGCAGGAGAACGUUGAGGUGCAUCAAGGCAAGGUCUAUAAGGGUCAACAGUGCCCAUUUCUGACAACACUAUCUUUGACUGCAUUUUCGUUUGCACCUUUUCAGCUGAACUUUGCUCUUGUGCCAUCCUCCUCUUCUUUCUCCUCAUCCUCUCCCCCCCCCUUUUUUUUGAAUGGGAAAUUUGUGGGCCUGUUUCCAUAUCCGAAUGUUGGAUUGUUCUUGACUUCCUGCUUUUCUUAAUUCGUUUCCAUCUCUACCUGACUUGAAUGUUUGUCAUCGUUGGGAUGUUAAAAUUAGGAUCCGUCUGUUGACUAAAUCUGAGACUGUUUUGCCCUGUCUACAAUGCUGGAUUUAUCUGUUGAAGGAUAUUAGGAAGGGAUACAUUCUGUGAGUCUCAAAAUUGAUUUUGUUAUCAUCUCCUUGGAAUAAAUCACUUGUUUUCCUGAUGACUCAGUUACUGUGAAAUACAGUGAACAACAAUAUUUUCAACAGCACGGAGAGUAUAUAACUUGAUUAAUUAUAGGGGUGCCCUUAAGAGAAUUUAAUUUAGAACAAUAUAGAUUUCUUGCAAUGAUACCUUUUGGGAAAGAUAACCAGUUUCACAGAAUUCUUCUUGCCUGUGGCUGGAUGCUUUACUUUUAAAACAUGCCAUCGGGUUGAAUCAUUUUUGUUUCUCUUUGCAAUCUGACACAAUUAAUUUGCAUUAAACCCAUCAUUACUCCCAGUAAGUUAAACUGGGAUGACUGAAGCUAGAGCCCUACGUAGCUUUAGUCUGUAGUAAGCAGGUUCUUACAGAAAACCACUGGAUGUUUGUAGUUGUCAUAGGAAUAAGGGCACUAGUUCUAUGGGAGAAGAUAUACUGUUCCCUGUCUUGCUCUAGAACUUGUCCCAAUAUAACCCUCCAGUAUAUUUUUCUCUGAUCACUGUUGGGUCACCCAGUUUAUUUUGGUACAAUCAGCCACACUUACACACCCACUUAGAGGCAAUCUACUAUUUAAUUGGCGCAGAGGCUCAUUUUGUUUCAGGAGGCUUCAACUAUUAGAGCAGUGUUUCUCAAGCUUGGCAGGUUGAAGAUGCGUGGGCUGGGGAAUUCUGGGAGUUGAAGUCCACACAUCUUCAAGUUGCCAAGCUUGAGAAACACUGUAUUAGAGAGCACCACAAGAGAAUGAAAGCAAUGGUGUUGCUUUGCUUAGCAUGCCCUUGUGAUCAUUUCAUCCAUUUGAACAGGUAGUGUCAAAUGCACUGUGCAUUGCUUGCCUAGGGAGUCUUUUUUUCCCUUUUAAUUUAAAACCCUUUUCUUUCUGAGCUCAUCAGUAAAAUUGAGAGUGUGUUUCUUUUUGAAAAUGUAAUUGCAUUUUCACACCUUUAGUUCCACUUAGCAGAUGAGGUUUUCUGCCUAACAGCCUGUUCUGAUUCAUCUGUGUCUUACGCUGGCAAAUAACGUUGUAGUGUUAGUGAUUGCCUUCAGCUAAUUAUUGCAGAAUUAGUCGCUUUUCUCUUUUUCGUCCUGCCAAAUUAAUGCAGAUCAGCUCUUUGCAGCAGCAUCUUCGGAACAAGGAGGUAGAUUCCAGAUGGAUAUGUUCUGUUGUCCCUUUGGUACAUUGAUCAAAACAGUAAUGUGAAUAGAGGGGAAAGCAUUUAAUGUUUCAAAGGAUCUUUCUACAGACCUCACAAGUGGGGGAAAGUGUGGCUUUUCUUUUUGAGAGACCCAUGCAAAAAGGCAUCUUCUCUAAUGUUUCUUUUAUCUGGCACAGUGUUUAUGAUUUUAAGAACAAAUCUGUGGAAGUGCAGACUAUGUGUGUGUGCAUGAUAAUUUGGGAUAUGGUUUGUACAGAAUGUGUGUUUAAAAUGGUCACUCCUUAUCAGGACCAUGUGAAAUAAAUGCUGAGAAGCACCAA